AUGAAGUUUAUAGCUUCCUCCGUCAGCUUUGCCUUCCUAAUUCUCCCCCAAGUCCUUCAGCUCCACUUGGCAGCCCUGGCAUCACUCAAGGGAGAUAUAGUGGAACUUAAUAAACGUCUGCAGCAAACGGAGCGGGAACGAGACCUUCUGGAAAAGAAAUUAGCCAAGGCACAGUGUGAGCAGUCCCACCUCAUGAGAGAACAUGAGGAUGUCCAGGAGCGGACAACGCUUCGGUACGAGGAGCGCAUCACGGAACUCCACAGCAUCAUUGCUGAGCUCAAUAAGAAGAUAGACCGUUUGCAAGGCACCACCAUCAGGGAGGAAGAUGAGUACUCAGAACUGCGAUCAGAGCUCAGCCAGAGUCAGCAUGAGGUCAACGAAGACUCUCGAAGCAUGGACCAAGACCAGACCUCUGUCUCCAUCCCUGAAAACCAGUCCACCAUGGUCACUGCUGACAUGGAUAAUUGCAGUGACCUGAACUCAGAGCUGCAGAGGGUGCUGACGGGGCUGGAGAAUGUCGUCUGCUGCAGGAAGAAGAGCAGCUGUAGCCUCUCCGUGGCCGAGGUGGACAGGCACAUCGAGCAGCUCACCACGGCCAGUGAGCACUGUGACUUGGCCAUCAAGACAGUCGAGGAGAUUGAAGGGGUACUUGGCCGGGACCUGUAUCCCAAUCUGGCCGAAGAGCGGUCUCGUUGGGAGAAGGAGCUGGCUGGGCUGAGGGAAGAGAAUGAGAGCCUGACCGCCAUGCUGUGCAGCAAAGAGGAGGAGCUGAACAGGACCAAGGCCACCAUGAACGCCAUCCGGGAGGAGCGGGACCGGCUCCGGAGGCGGGUGAGCGCACCCAGUCCGGCCUGGCCAGGCCUUCCCCCCGGGCUGUGGGGCUGGAAGACAAACAAGCAUGUAUCCAGCAGUGUGGCGGAACACCUGGCCCACUCUCUUCAGGACUGCUCCAACAUCCAGGAGAUCUUCCAAACACUCUACUCACACGGAUCUGCCAUCUCGGAAAGCAAAAUUAGAGAGUUUGAGGUGGAAACAGAACGGUUGAAUAGCCGCAUCGAGCACCUCAAAUCCCAAAAUGACCUCCUGACCAUAACGCUGGAAGAAUGCAAAAGCAACGCUGAGAGGAUGAGCAUGCUGGUGGGAAAGUAUGAGUCCAAUGCCACGGCCCUGCGGCUGGCCCUGCAGUACAGUGAGCAGUGCAUAGAAGCCUAUGAACUCCUCCUGGCACUGGCCGAGAGCGAGCAGAGCCUCAUCCUGGGGCAGUUCCGGGCGGCCGGCGUGGGCUCCUCCCCUGGAGACCACUCAGGGGAUGAAAACAUCACUCAGAUGCUCAAGCGCGCUCACGACUGCCGGAAGACAGCUGAGAACGCGGCCAAGGCCCUGCUCAUGAAGCUGGACGGCAGCUGCGGGGGUGCCUUUGCCGUGGCCGGCUGCAGCGUGCAGCCCUGGGAGAGCCUGUCCUCCAACAGCCACACCAG